CUCAGAUAGAGACCAAAUGUAGAACCUUGAGGGUAACUACUGCAUUUGUCAUUCUGUUUUGAGUUUGAGCAUGAAGAAGAAUAACUUGGCCUCUAUCCAAAGUUACAGUUUAGUAAUCAAACUUUAACAUUAACAAAAUGGAAAGAAAUAUCAGAGAAACCCAUCAAGCAAGGAAGAAGGCAUUCUCUUUGUCCUUCUCUUUUGGUGGGCCAUAAUUGUCAUUUGUCUGUGACCGCAGAAGAAGAAGAAGAAGAUAGAUGAAGCAAUCAAUCAAGCUCAAAGAGUCGCGUGUCAAAUUAAUAUCAGAGCAUGAAGAACAAGAAUCAUGAAUCAUGAAUCUUCACUCCAAGAGGUUGAAAUUUCUUUCACACAAAACUCCAACUCUAGCUCCAUCAGCAGCCGUCAUCUUUGAUUCAAUAAUUCAACUUGCUCUCUCUAGCCAGCAAAGUUUGAAAAAUCACUCACCCCCUUAGCUAGAUUGUUUAAAACCUAUCUUCUUUCUUUCUUUCAUAACUCGAUCGAUCCCAAUACCCAGAAAAGAAAAGAAAAAAAGAUCGAGAUGGAUCUUGAUGAGUGGGAAUACCUCCCUGAUGACGCUUUCCUUGAUUUCCAUGAACAAAGUGAGAAGAAGAAGGUCUUGUUUAGCAAGCGCUAUUUCGAUUCAACUAGUGUGUUCAAUAUGUACCACGACUACUACAUAGUCCAAUCACCCAAUCCUUCCAGUUCCAAGAAACUAGCAGCCACCGAUCAAGUAGCUCCUCCUGCUGUUGUGCCUCCUAAUCAACUUGCUGUUCCUGUUCAGAUUCAACUGCUUCCUCCACCAAGCUUUGUCAGAACCACACAAACACCAGAUGGAGAAAAGCAACACACUCAAGACCCCCUACUCUCCCAAGUUCACUUCAAGAAAACUACUUGGGAACCCGAAUCUGUCGACAUGAAAAUGGACUCACCAAAGUCCCCUACCAGAGGAGGAUUAGGUUUCGGAUUUGUGCAUCAAACUACUAGUGAUUCUACUGCCGCUGCUGGAGGAGCCAAGUUUGAGUUUGAUGAUUAUAAUGGUGAGCUCGCCAAGGUUAGCAGCUCUCCAAGAAUGAAAACCGACCAAGAGGAGGAGGAGGACGAGGAACAAGGAAUAAAGAGGCAGAAGAAUAACAUCUGGAAGUUGAGCUUCACCGGAAUCGGAGCUAUUUGCUCUUUUGGUUUUGCUGCAGCUACCAUUUGUGUUCUGUUUUUGGGUAGCCACCACCAAAGUAACCACAAACACUUGCAGAUCUACACUGAUGACACCAAGAGGAUUAAGGAGGUGGUUCACCGAGCAACCAAGUUUGACGAAGCAUUUUCAGCAGUGAGAGGGGUACCUCUAAGCAGAGCUCAUAUAACAUCGGGAGGUUACUAUACUAGUGCUCUAUAAAACGCCAGCUUAGCCAUUGCUUGGUUUGCAAACAAGCAAUUGUUGUUAUGUAUCACUGCAUGUGUUGAUCUGUAUAUAUUUCUGUAUUUUUUUUUUUUUCUCAAUUUUAUUUAUAUUCGGUUUGUAAAUUCUUGCAAGGCCUUGCAAGUGGUUUUCUUUGAGGGGGGCACAAAAAUGUGAUUAGCCACAUAAGAUUAAUUAUUGAAUUUCAGUAAUUCUC